AUGGCUUCGUUACCCGAUCCGGAGCAACCCACUAUCACCGCGGCCUCGAGAGAAGACGUCCCCGAAAUCUACGCCAUGAUCAAAGAACUCGCCACCUACGAAAACGCCCUCGACAAAGUCGAAGCCACCGAAGUCUCCCUCCGCCGCACCCUCUCCUUCGAAGGCUCCCACGGCCACACCAACCCGGGCUACGCCAAAGCCCUACUCCUCCGCCUCCCCGUCAAGCCCCCCAACUCCGCCGACACCCCCGAAGCGGUCGCGGGAUUCGCCCUCUACUUCACCAACUUCAGCACCUGGCGUAGCAAGCCGGGCAUCUACCUCGAAGACUUGUUCGUGCGGAGCCAGUACCGCAAGCGGGGGUACGGGCGCAUGCUGAUCCAGGCGCUGGCGAGGGAGGUGUUGAUGAUGGACGGUGGACGGCUGGAGUGGAGUUGUCUGCGGAGCAAUACGCCGAGUUUGGAGUUCUAUCGCAGUCUGGGCGCGAAGGAGAUGGAGGAUUGGGUGCAGUUGCGCGUGGAUGGGAGUCGGUUGGAGAAGUUGGCGUUGGGGAAGACGGAGGCGAUACAGACUGGGAGGAGGGAUGAGAGGACGGGACAGGUGUUGCAGUUUAACAGGACGGGCGAGGGUAAUGACGAUAUGCCGCGGAUCCUGGGGUCGUAG